AUGUUUGUAUUCGAGGCUAUGGAUACUGGAACUCUCGUGCUUCUGGACGUAACGACGAAGGCUCAGCUUCCAUUCGACGAGUAUGUCGUAGUGGCUGGACGAGUUCAGUGUUGUCGACAGCUCACGUGUGUUGGUGGACGUGUCAAACGUGACGGGAAGCGUCGACUCUUGGUUGUUCCAUUACUUCAAGCCCAAGAAAGUAAGAUCCCGAGUGUUCAAGUGCUGGACGUGGGAGAAGUGGCUGUAAACUUUUUGCAAGGAAGGAGGAAGAGUGAAGAGAAGGAAGGUCUGAAGAAGCAAAAGCAUAAGGCAAAGACGUUACAUGAUGUAAAGACUCAGCAGUUGAAGACAGAGGCCUUAAACUACAUGGAUCAGAUCAAAGUCAAGAUGCUCACGACACUAGACGAUCUCUUUUGUGCCUUCCAGAUUGCAGACCCGACUAAUGUACAGUCAUUGCUGCAGUACGAUCCAUCCAUGCCCAAGCACUAUCAAUUGUUGUGUAUGGAUUGUCCGCCUUUUGAUACUGCGGACGAUACAGCUCACGUUGAUGUGCCGCAUGGAUUCUCUUCCUCAGCCCCACCAGAACCGUUUAAUUUCGGUGUCUUGUUCUUGGAAGUGGCGACAAACAAAGUGGAUGAGCAUUAUCUGCAUAUUCCUGUGCCUCGCUCGCCUCUUUCAGGUAUGCAAGGGGAAGUUUACAACGUACAAGAAAGCUUUCAGGACGCUACGGUGCUGACGUUUGGGACGAAGCGAGAGGAGUCUGCUCAUGGUGGCGGUAAAACAUGCGACGAAAUGAUCAAGAACAUUCGCAUGCGUCAUGCAUCAGGAACAUUCUGCACACUUGUUCUCCCAACAAAAACGUGGGAGCAAGUGGUUGAUAAACACAAGACUUUCUUCCCACAGAUAUGUGAGCUUCAAGGCAAGUUGCGUCUACGUCGCUUUAUGGGCACUACUCCAUGUGGAACGCCCGUCGAAGUGCUGCUUGAAUAA